GUUUGUAGUUUGAGGAACUGAUCCGGCUGGUUUGACUUUCUCACCCGGGGGAGAGCGAACCAAAACCGGAGCCAAUAUGACUAGUAACCGGAGUGAAAAUGGGGCUGUGGAGGCAGAAAGUCAGGAAGGCGAGCUGAGCUCUUCGUCUCGGGCUUCGGUCAGAUGGGGUCCUCAACACGCAGGCGCUCGGGAGCUCGCAAAUCUCUACUCUCCGGGUAAGAGGUGUCAGGAAUGGAUCAGUGUUGUUCUCUGCUUCACACUCAUGGCCUUUAAUUUCUUUUACCUCCUCGCCCAUUUCCACCUGGGCCAUGUCUGGUACAUCCUCCUGGGAAUCGUGGCAGGAAUCCUUACUGCAGACUUUGCCUCUGGGCUGGUCCACUGGGGGGCUGACACGUGGGGGUCUGUGGAUCUGCCCAUCGUUGGGAAGGCAUUCAUCCGUCCAUUUCGGGAACAUCAUAUUGAUCCCACAGCCAUCACACGACAUGAUUUCAUAGAGACAAAUGGUGAUAACUGCAUGCUGACAAUCAUUCCCUUGGCUAAUAUGGCCUACAACUUCCACACUCGAACACCAGUGGAGAUUUAUCACAUCUUCCCCUGGUACUGCUACAUGUAUUCUUUGGCCAUUUUUGUGACCCUGACCAAUCAGAUCCAUAAGUGGUCUCACACCUAUUUUGGGCUGCCACGCUGGGUCACUUUCUUGCAAGACUGCCACAUCAUCCUCCCUCGCAAACACCAUAGAGUUCAUCAUGUAUCGCCUCAUGAGACCUAUUUCUGCAUUACUACAGGCUGGUUGAACUACCCAUUGGAGAAGCUUGGCUUCUGGAGGAAUCUGGAGGACAUCAUCCAGAGCGUGACAGGAGAGAAGCCCAGAUCAGAUGACUUGAAAUGGGCCCAGAAAACCCAGUAACAUUUCUGUGGUGCCAGCGUCCCUCUCCUACCUCAUAUCUCUGUCACAGAGGUCCAGCCUCCAUCUCCUCCUCAUUCAGCUCCCCAGCAUUGACCCAGCCAGUGGGGUGACGAGAACUGAAUGAUGCUGAUAAACUAUGUACAAUCUUCCAGCCCACAGAAAGAAGAAAGGAGGAGAGAAGUGGAGAGUGUGUUUGCAAGCAAUACUUCUCUGCACUUCUCAUCCAGCAACAGUGCUCAAAUCUGUUUUUAUACUCCCCAGUUAGUUUUCUUUUUCCCUUGCACAAAGAAGCCAUUUUACCUCUGCAGUGGGGGUAUUAACUUGAAACCGGAAGCAAAAUGAAAAAUCCACGUUUUUAAAAUACUUGAACAGUGAACUGCAGUUCAAACAGAUGCCUUUAAAAAAAACAAAAAACAAAGAAAAAACCUGCUUACAGAUUUCUGCAGACUGAUUUAACAGUUGGACUGCUCCUCUCUCAACAUUCUGGUUUGCAAGAAGUAAACAACCUCUUUCCUGGCCCAUCUUUUUUUUUUUCCCCCUUCACUGAUGACAUGGCUUGUUCAUUGGAGGGCUGGAAGUGGUGUCUUCACCUGUUGCUGAUGUCUGAACAGACAAAGCCAUCGAAUAUGCAGUCUUUCCUCAGUCCGCCUUACUUAUGCAGUACAUGCAGCAGAGACGGUUUACUCCGGUGUGUGUGUCUCUCUUUCUCUCAUAUAUACACACGCGCACGCUCCACAAUUUACACUUUCCAUUCCUCACUGUACACCUUGCACUCUGCGUAUACUCCAUGCAAAACCUUUGGCUUACGCCUGUGAAUCAUCCAUGCUUUUGUUACAGGAUGUUUUUCCACAUUGUUACACAUCUUUAAAGAGUUUAUUAUUAUUAUUAUUAUUUUUUUUUUUUUUUUUUUUGCACAACUAAAUUCUCUCCUACUAAUGCUUUACCUAUUCAUAGGUGCUCGAAAUACACCCAAACACACACAACUGACCAAUUUGUACCAGUUCCUUGUGCUCGAGACUGAAUUUUCAGUGCGGGUUUUAAGAGCUAAACAGAUAAUAAAAAUCUAAUUAUAAUUUUGAUGCAUCGGAAAGACUUGUAUAGACUUUUAUAUUAAUCAAUCUUAUUUUUCUUGUCUUAAAUGAUGGAUAGUUAAACAUGGCAGCUCCGUUGGAUGAUCUUGUGCUAUUAGUCUUUACAUGCCCAUGGCUAAUGUGAGAGACAGAAGGCUUUUAGGUCUGUUUGAGCAUGUUAAGCUGCUCCCAAGAUCAUUAUAACAUUUAACACUUCCAACAGCUGCGUGUAUGUACCGCUUAACUGACAUGCACUCCUGCUGCUAGUUAUAAAGCUAUUUAUAAUGGCUCUCUAGCAGCAGAAUAUGUAAAAAUUGACCAAAAGAAUAUUAAUCAUGUUGUAGUUUUUGAGUAUCAUCAAUAUUGAGCAACACCUAACGGUUACUAAACUAGUCCUUCGCCUUAUUCCACUGGUUUGUUCUCUGUAUGUAUUGGGAUUGUAAGCUUUGUGUAUGUUCUCUGAAAAACAAUUGAGUUUUUGAAUAGUUUACUACUUGCCAUGAACAGACUACACAGCUUCGCUUAAUUUAGGGGAAAAAAUAGGAUAAAUAUAGGUGUGUUUUGUAUUCUGGUUCUCCCCCGGAGAAGUGUAUACAUGAAUUGGCCGGUGCUGGUCAGAAUUCCUCCUUACAGCCACACACUAAGAUUAUUACUUGAAAUUACUGUAUAUAAAUAUCAUGAUAAUGAGUGAUUCGUCUAGAAGGAAUGGCUGUCUUGCAUUAACAAGGUAUUAUAUUAAAGAAUCGCUUGGUGUGUGUGGUUUUUUUUUUUUUUUUUUUUUGGGCCUGGAGAUGUUCCAUUUGAGUCGUUCCCCCCCCCCAAAAAAAAAAAAAAAUUUUAAAUAUUGUCAAAUAUUAAACCUUGUUUGGUCAAAUGAAAAACAAACAUGUAAGAGGGUGCUUCCUAUGUAUGAAAUGUUCAAUCAUAUGCCAAGUUUUUAAAGCUAUAGUCUGCGUAUGUUAUAUAAUUUUUCUUUUUUUUUUUUUUGUAUGGGUCACUAUAGAGUAGUAUUUAAUUGUCAAAGGUCAACACUUUUUAAAAGGUCAGUAACUAUAAAGGUGUCAAAUUACAUGGAGCAUAAGAACAACUGCCAGGAUAUUUAUUUUUUUUAUAUAAAAACCUGUGUGCACAUUUUCAGACCCCCCCCC